AUGUCUCUGAAGAGUAUUAUUCAUUAUGGUGUUGAUUUAUCUUUAAUAGCGAUGCUGUUGGCAGGGAUACGACAUCAAACUGGCUAUGUUUUUGCAUACGAACGGUACGAUUUUGCCAGGUUAAUUUAUGGAUAUUUGCAAUGGGGUGAGACGUGUUACGACAAACUAGUGAAGUAUGUGAAGGGAUCUCCUAGGUUCAGGAAACAGCUGAAAAAUGUUGAUGACUUUUCCAGCGAACUGGAAGAAGAUAUCAACGAUUACAAGAAGAGGAAAACUGACAGGUUUUUACCUAGACGUUGA